AUGCGCUCCAACCCCUCUGACGCGCCUGACUCGUCUCUCACGCCUAACCCUUCCCGCACGCCUGAUGCUUCCCCCGCGCCUAACUUUCUCCGCUCGCCUAACCCUUUCCGCUCGCCUGAUUCCUUUCGCGCGCCUGAUUCCCUCCGCGCGCCUGACUCCUUCCGAGCGGCUGACUCCUUCCGCGCGCCCGAUUCUUCCCGCGCGCCUGAUUCCUCCCUCACCUCUCUCAGCUCGCGCAACUUGGCCGCUUCCAUCGGGCCUGGCGGCAGUAGUAGGCGCAAUCGUCACCGUCAGCAGCACGGACGGUCACGAUCUGCUGCGGCGCUCGAGCCGAUUCCGCGUUCUCCAGCGACAUUAGCGGGGCAGCACUCUGCUGGUCUUCGCAGCCCCGGUCUAGACUCCGUUAACCUUCGCUCUGUCGGCAAUAGUAGCCGGGGUGUGCAAUCAGACCGUCCCGACUCUGCUGAGCGACAGGAAGCGUCGUCCGGGCGACUGGAAGCGUCAUCGUGGCGACAGGAAGCGUCGUCUUGGCGACAGGAAGCGUCGUCUUGGCGACAGGAUGCGUCUUCUGGGCGGCUGGAAGCGUCGUCUGGGCGGCUGGAAGCGUCGUCUGGGCGGCUGGAAGCGUCGUCUAGGCGACUGGAAGUGUCGUCUGAUCGACUAGAAGGUGUUUUCGAGAUGUUAGACGGAGAGGCGGGGCUGGUGGGGGAAGCGUCUGGGCGAUCCGAAGAGUCGCAUGGGCGACGGAGUGUCGCAGGCGACGCGGCGAGCGAUAUGAGCGCGUCGUCGAGACCAGUGGGAGCAGCGGAAAGCAGUUCACACGGUGAGGGUGGUGAGAUCAGACCGGACGGCCGACUAGACGACGAACAUAGGGACGAAAUCAGGCCUGACGGACAAACAGACGACGAGGUUGACGUUAACGGAAAACGUCAACGUUCUGGCAGGCGGGCAUCACGGUUGCGAGUGAGGUGGGGGCCAGACUCACCCGACAGGGAUACCCCGGGAGAACAGGGCAAGCCAAAAUCACGGCUGCGAGUGAGGUGGGGGCCAGACUCACCCGACAGGGAUACCCCGGGGGCAGCGGGAGAGGGCUGGGGUGGUAUAGUUGGUGCGAGCAGCAGGAGCUUCAGGCAUGUAGCAAGCUUUCUCCAGAAUUCCUGGCGCCAGGAUUUGCCUGACUCGCCCCCGAGCGAACGCGAGGAGGAGAAGAGAGAGGGAAUUGGGGAGGAGGGCGGAGGGAGCAGCGAGGAGAGCAGGGUGUUGAAAAGGAGAAGGGGGCGGGGAUUGCGAGGGUUGCAAGGAGGGAGAGGAGGGAGAGGAGAGGACGGAGAGAGGGGAGGUGGGUGCUGGUCAAACCCGGCAUGGGCUACGUACCUGAACCAGCCCGUACCUGAGAAGGUUGGGCCCGUGCCGUCCACCCCGCCUCGGAAGGAGGCCGGGCUGUGCUACGUGCUGUAUCGGUGGGUUCUGGCGGCGAUGAGGCGAAUGCGCAUCCCCAUCAUUCACCCCUACUCAAGGUUCCGCCGAGACAUCAACGUGCUCGUGGGCGCCUGUAUUCUCUACAACGUGUGGGAGAUUCUCUUCCAGAUCGCCUUUGACCUGCGCUCCACGGGUGCAUGGCUCAUCGUCGACUCAACCCUCUCCGCCAUCUACCUCAUCGACGUGCUCCUGGGCUUUAAGACCGGUUACGUGACAAGAGAACGGCAUGUGCGCACAAGCGACGGCAUCAAGAUAUUGCAGCCGCAGCAGAUUGUCCUGGAGCAGCGCCGCAUAGUGUGGCACUACCUGCGCACGUGGUUCCUGCUCGACCUCCUCUCCUCGCUACCCAUGGACCUCAUCAUCUCCCUCACCACCACCUCCUCCUCCGGCUUCUGGAUCUCCACUGUGUUCCGAGCGCUGAAGCUCUUCCGCAUGCGCCGCCUGCUGAACGCCACGGACCAGCUCAGAACGUCCUUCGUGCGCUCCACGUGGAUGGAGCUCACCGUGCUCAUCCUGCAGAUCUGCAUGUUUUGCCAUGUGGGCGCGUGCGCCUUUGCUCUGAUUGGCCGGCUCGAGCCAGAGGGCCAAUCGUGGCUCGCCAACUUCUUCUGGGACGACAACGGGGAGGCGCAGCCUCUGGAAACGGCGCCGCCACUUGUCGCCUACGUGGCGGCCAUCUAUUGGUCCAUGGUCACAUUUGCCUCGGUGGGCUACGGAGACAUCUACCCGCAGGACACCAUCCCAGAGCGCAUCUUUGGCACCAUUUACAACCUGCUCGCAGCUAUCAUGCUGGGUUACGCUGUCGGUCAAAUUACCUCUUUAAUCUAUGCCAGCAGGGAGCGUCGGGAGAAUGCAAGGCAGCGAUUUGGAACACUCCACAAGUUCAUCGAGAGGGAGGAGCUGCCAGAGUGGCUGGCCAACCGCCUGAUGGUGCAUCUCACCCGCCAGUGGCAAGCGCAGCUCUCGCAGAAGUUUGACGAGUUCGAGCUCAUGGAGAGCCUCACGGAGGACCUUCGGGGGGACCUCUUUGUGCACUGGUGGCAGCGCAGCAUUGCCGUGAGCCCCAUCCUCCCACACAGCCAUGCGUUUAUUGCAAAACUUUUGGAUGCUUUGGUCCUGAGGAGAGUAGCAGCGGGGGAAUUCAUCUGUGCUGAAGGGGAGGUGAGCCGGCACCUCUACAUCCUGCGCGCCGGCACUGCUGAUGCCACGUGGAUUAAGAGUCCCGAGGACGAGGAGGGGGAUGGAAUGGGGGUGAUUAAGGAGGAGGGGGAUGGAAUGGGGGUGAUUAAGGAGGAGGGGGAGGAGGGUGGAGUGGGGGAGAUUAUGGACGAGGGAGAAGAGGAGGGGAAGGAGGGGACGGGGGAGGUUGGGGAGAGGUGGGGGGACGAGGAAGAGGACGGGGGAGAGGGUGGUGGUGGUGGGUGGAGAGGGGGAGGAGGAGGAGGAGGAGGAGGAGGCGGAGGAGUAGGAGGAGGAGGAGGAGGAGGAGGAGGAGGAGGAGGAGGAGGAGGAGGAGGAGGAGGAGGAGGAGGAGGAGGAGGAGGAGGAGGAGGAAGUAGAGGAGGAGGGGGGGGAAAGGAGUGGGGAGGGAGACAAAGUGCACCAAACACACUUCUCUGCCACGCCAAAAUGAUCCCUCCCUCCCUCCCUCCCUCCCUCCCUCCCUCCCUCCCUCCCUCCCUCCCUCCCUCCCUCCCUCCCUCCCUCCCUCCCUCCCUCCCUCCCUCCCUCCCUCCCUCCCUCCCUCCCUGCCUCCCUCCCUCCCUCCCUCCCUCCCUCCCUCCCUCCCUCCCUCCCUCCCUCCCUCCCUCCCUCCCUCCCUCCCUCCCUGCCUCCCUCCCUCCCUCCCUCCCUCCCUCCCUCCCUCCCUCCCUCCCUCCCUCCCUCCCUCCCUCCCUCCUCUCCUCCCUUGCCCUGCCAGCCCCUCUGCCUCUCUCCUCCGCUCCACCCCCCCUCCUUACCCCUUUCAGAACAACUCUACCCUCCCACCCGCCCUCUCGCCCCUCCACACUUCUUCCCCACUUUCCCUCCCACCCGCCCUCUCGCCCCUCGUCCCAGCAGCACCCCUUUGUCCCGGUGAACCGCUCGGCCUCUCUCCUGCGCUCCGACUCACAGCGCCGGCUGCGCCGCUUCCUCUCCCGCUCCCGCCAACUGUCCCUCCGUUUGACCCCCGGGCAAGCCCUCAACACACCCGGCGCUUUCCCGGGUAACCCGGCAACCGCUCCCGGCUCCCACGGGAAUCCCCUAGCACUGGCAGCAGCGGCCGCGAUGGCAGCAGGAGUGCCAGAACCUCCCAAGAAUCCUCUAGAAGUAGCGUUGGAGCAAGGGGGAGGGAACAUGGAGAUGGAGCAUCGGGCGGUGGGGACCGGGUUUGUGAUGGGCAUGGAAGGGUUGCUGGAGGCGUUUGAAACGCGCAUGGACGAGGAGGAAUGGCCGAAACAGCGGGUUGCUCUUAUCUGUGUUGAGGCCACGUUUCAGGUGGGGAAAAGGGGGAACGGGGGAAGGAGGGGAAACAUUGGGGGGGAAGAGAAGAGGUGGGGGGAAGGAGAGGAGGCCAAGACAGAGUGCGAGUUGCUGCUUCUCCUCCUGGAUGACCUAUUCGACACGCUAGAGAGCUACCCCCAGCUGCUGCACGACAUGCGCUUUGCACUGCGCCUGCCCAUGGGCGUGCACGAGCAGCAGCAGAACCGCCUGGCGCGCAGCCGUGGCGUCGCUGCUUCCGCCGUGCGCGAGGCUUUGGAAAGCCCGUAG